AUGACACAUCGCGAGUCGAUACGGCCUGUCGUCACGUCAGAUCUAUGUUCUCAGGACUUCGAUUCUGUUGUACAUGUAGUUGAAGACGUAUCAGAUGCAUCGUCGUUUACGCCUCUGUUUGAUACGUUACAGGAAGCAUCACAGGUGAACCAGAAAUUUUGUUCAGAUCUCCACACCCUGACUUAUCGUUCUUUACCAUCUAAACGUUUAGUCGUUUUGUUUACUGGUCACCUUGAUCAAGACAUUGAUGAUGCUCGUCGGAUAACCGAGGCAUCGACGAAAGGUAUAUCUCAAGCUAUCAAAAUCGGAUCUAAAAGACCGCUCCUUCUGUUGGGUCCAUUGAAAACGGCUAAAAAGUUGGGACACUCUUGGCUUGAACUAUCCGUUUCCUGUUUGGCGUCUUUGCUUGGUGCCUUCCAUGCUUUGUAUGUGCCCCUCGAAGUUCGUGAGUUUGACCGUCAGGAAGACUUUACAUGCACAAAACCUAUUCAGUCACAAAAAGUUGAAGUCCUGGGUUGGUUUUCUGGGGUACACUACGCAGUAGACCACGAAAGACUUACUGGAUUAGCCUGGUGUUUGGAAGAGGGUUUACGAGUAGCACGUGAUAUAGGUGGAUCUGACCCAGAACGUAUGAGUGCAAAGAAUAUAGUGACGUACCUUCAAAAAGAAUUGACGGAACCUGUUCAGGUGACUGAUUGUCCUGUUGAUCGAAGGCUUUACCCUCUGGCAGCUAUAGUAGAUCGUGGUAAUAAUAAAAGACAUCGUGGUCACGUUGUGCACUUAGAAUACAAUGGAUCUACAGAAUCACAAAUUGAUCCUAAGCAAUUAGUCAAUUUGUUUUUAGUUGGUAAAGGUGUUACCUAUGAUACAGGUGCCUCAGAUCUUAAAGUUGGAGGUAUUAUGACUACGAUGCAUCGGGAUAAAUGUGGUACAGCUGCUGUGGCCGGAUUUUUUAAAGUUUUAAACUUAUUGAAACCGAAAAACGUAAAGGUACAUGGUACUUAA